AUGCAUGUUUGUGUGGCCGUGUUAUUGAGCAUUUCAUGGGCUGCCCUCUGCUCCAGCUACCGCAGUCAUUUCGAAGACACUAAAGAAAUCUUCCACAAGCAACGCCAGAAAGCGGCUGUCCUUCACGAAAAACUACCGACGAACUACCUUCAGAAGGGACCCUCCCGGGACACCUCUGUGUACCGGAGCGUGGGCCGGGCCGUCUCUCCGCUGGCCACGGUCACGGUGCGCUGCGGUCAAGCUAACAUGCGCCUCAACGUUAGCGCCGAUCUCUUCAGCAACGGCCGCCGGGUCAGUGGCACCGAUCUCCGGCUAGGACGGGACCCCGCUGCCUCCGGGGCUUGCAGACCCGCUCUCAACAUCGUUGCUUCUGCUUAUUACGUCAUUGACACCGCGCUUCACGCAUGUGGAAGCUCUCUGCUUAUGACGUCAGACAAACUGGUCUACACCAACGUGCUGGUUUACACUCCCCCUGCUAACGACGUCAUCGUGCGAACCAACGGUGCCGUCAUCCCUAUCGAGUGCCACUACCCGAGGAAACACAACGUCAGCAGCCAAGCACUCAAACCGACCUGGAUCCCGUUCAGCUCCACUAAGUCAGCCGGGGAUGUCCUGGAAUUCUCCCUUCGGCUCAUGAGCGAUGACUGGGUCACUCCCAGGAUCUCCAACGUGUUCUACCUGAACGACCCGGUCCGGAUCGAAGGCUCGGUCAACACCCAGAACCACCUUCCCAUGAGGCUGUUCAUUGACCGCUGUGUGGCGACUCUGGGACCCGAGCAGGACUCUGGCCCGCGCUACGCGAUCAUCGACUACAAUGGCUGCCUGGUGGAUGGUUCCUCUCCUGACUCCAGCGCUGUGUUCCGCUCCCCUCGGAUCCAGCCCAACAAGCUGCAGUUCAGUGUACCAGCGUUCAGAUUCCACAGGGAGGCGAACAACCUGAUAUACCUGACCUGUCACCUGAAGGUCACUGCAGUGGAGGGCACCCCUGACUCUGCCAACAAAGCCUGCUUCUUCAACAAGGUUGUGAACAGUUGGUCUGCAGUGGAAGGCUCUCCUGGGGUGUGUGCCUGCUGUCAGACUGGGACCUGCCCGUCCUCCAGAGCUCGAGCGCGGAGGGACCUGCAGCCUGUGCUUGAGCUGACUGGAGCAGACGCCUCUCUGGGCCCCCUUGUGAUCCGGGACUCCUUCCCAGGGGAGGGAACACCAGGACUGGGCAACCCUGUCUUCAGAGUGGAGGAGAAGGGGGCAGGUGGGGGUUUUGGAUCUGUUUUAGGAUUGGUCAUCGGGGGGUGA